ACAGCCCGAGCGAGCUCAGACCAGAACCAGACCAGCCCAGCCCAGCUCAGUUCAGCUUAGAGCAGCCCAGCUCAGCCGGGCGGAGGUGGCAGCGGCUGCGGCAGCGAACGCUGCCCCGUGUCACCCGCUGCCGACACACCCCGGCUGCCUUACGGAGCGCCGGCCGGAAUCUGAGACAGCGAGGGAAGGCGCCCGCCCCGCAUUUCGCCGCCCUCCGCCCGCAAUCGCCCGGGACACCCGCCGCGACACCGACACCGACACGGGCCGCCGCCGCGGCAGUCGCGCCAUGGCGCUCGCAAGGCAAGUGCUUUGUGUGUGUGCUUUGCUGGGGCUGCCGCUCGCUGGCGCCGAGCCCAUCCGCUACUCCGUAGCCGAGGAGGCGGAAAGCGGCUCCCUGGUGGGCGAGCUGGCCGAGGACGCGGGGCUGACGCCGGCGCAGCUCUCGGCUCGCCGCGCCCGCCUGGUCUCGGAGGACGGCCGCCAGCAUUUUCGCUUGGAGCGCGCCUCUGGCCGCCUCGUCGUGGCGGGGAGGCUGGACCGGGAGCAGCUGUGCGCCCAGUCCGACACCUGCAUGCUCCCCUUCGAGCUGCUGCUCUCCGACCCCCUGCAGUUCUUUCGGGUCGAGGUGACUGUGGACGAUAUCAAUGACCAUUCGCCAAUUUUCCCCGAUGAACGAGUCACUUUUAAGAUCGUGGAAUCGAGGGACCCAGGUUCACGUUUCCCGCUGGAGGUGGCUGAGGACCUCGAUAUAGGCAGCAACACAGUGCAGGAGUACAAUAUAUCUCCCGAGAACGAGUAUUUCAUUAUUUCCCAUGGAAGUCGUACUACUGGUGAUAAAUAUCUUGAACUUGUUUUGGAAAAGGCACUAGACAGAGAGGAGCAGGCAGAGAUGGGUUUCCAAGUUAUUGCUGUCGAUGGUGGCUCUCCUCGAAGGAGUGGAACCAUUGAGAUCUCUAUAAUCAUUCUAGAUGUAAAUGACAAUGCUCCCAAAUUUACACAAGAUCGUUAUAUUGGGAAGGUUCAGGAAAACAUGCCAGAGGGCUCUGUGGUGCUGACUGUACUGGCAACUGAUUCAGAUGCAGGAGUUAAUGGAGACAUCUCCUAUCAACUCAGCCAGGGAGUGGGACAAAGCAAGUCAGGAUUCGUGAUUGAUCCCAUAACUGGUGAAAUUAAACUCACAAAACCACUAGACUUCGAGGCAACAGACAGUCAUGAGUUCAGUGUGAAGGCCACAGAUGGUGGAGGGUUGUCAGCAAUCUGCAAGGUGUUGGUGGAGGUGGUGGAUGUGAAUGACAAUGCCCCAGAGCUGGUGGUCAGUUCCUUCAGCAGUCCCCUCCCCGAGAACACAGUGCCCGGCACGGUGGUUGCCCUGUUUACGGUCAGGGACCGGGAUUCUGGUGCCAACGGGAAGAUCUCCUGUGCCCUGCAGGAUCAGCUCUUCUUCUCCCUGCGGCCAGCCUACAAGAAUUACUAUGAGCUGGUGACGGUGAGCGUGCUGGACCGCGAGGAGACGCCUCAGCACAUCCUCAGUGUGACGGCAGCAGAUGCGGGCUCGCCUCCUCUCACCAGCACGCACACCUUCACCGUGGACAUCUCCGACGUCAAUGACAAUGCCCCCGUCUUCAACCAGACCUCCUACACCAUGUACGUGCGUGAGAACAACGUGCCCACGGUGUUUGUGGGAGCUGUGAGCGCUGCAGAUGCUGACAUGGGGCUGAAUGCCAAGGUGACCUAUUCCCUGGCAGCAGAGCAAGGGCCAGAGCGGGCCUGGUGCUCCUGCAUCUCGGUGAACUCGGAGAAGGGACACGUGUUUGUGCUGCGGCCCCUGGACUACGAGCGCUUGAGGCAGACCGAGGUGACGGUCAGUGCCUCUGACGCGGGCUCUCCUCCGCUGAGAGCCAACGUCACCGUGCGCCUGGUGGUGCUGGACGAGAACGACAACGCCCCGCUCGUGCUCUACCCGGCCCAGGAGAGCGGCCCGGCCUCCAGUGAGCUGGUGCCCAUGUCGGCUGAGGCGGGCUACCUCAUCAGCAAAGUGGUGGCCGUCGAUGCCGACUCGGGACAGAACUCGUGGCUCUCCUACCACCUGCUCAGGGCCACCGACCCAGGCCUGUUUUCCGUGGGCCUGCAAAGCGGCGAGGUGCGUCUCAGGAGGCCGGUGACAGAGAGAGACAGCGUCAAGCAGAAGCUGGUGGUGCUGGUCAGAGACAACGGCAAGCCCCCGCUGUCAGCCACGGCAGCUCUCAGCGCUCUCCUGCUCAAGGACUUCUCCGACAUGCGCCUCCCACACAGCAGCCCGGCCGGCGAGGAUCAGGCUGCCGCCUCCCUGACCACCUAUUUAAUCAUUGCCUUGGUCUUUGUCUCCCUCCUCUUCCUCAUCUCCACCACAGUCCUCGUGGCUCGCAAGGUGUGCAGGAGGAAGGAGCUGAAGGCUGGCCCUGUGCUCUAUGCUGCCGACACCUUGCAGAGCGGCCUGGCCGAUGCGGCCGCUGCAGGGACCCUGCCCCGCGCCUAUUGCUACGAGAUCAGCCUCACCACGGGCUCGGGCAACAGCGAGUUCAGAUUCCUCAAGCCCAUCCUGCCCAGCCUGCCCCCACAGCACUGCGCCGUUGGCCAGGGUCCCGAUGAGGAACAGGAUUUCCCCUGUGUCCCUGUCAGCAGCGAGGACAUGGCCCCAGACAAUGCUGGCGCUCUCUCUGCAGGACAGUUCAACACUGUUUCCUUUGACUAGCUGGAUCUGAACAGACUGAGGCUUCAUGAUUCAUGGGAGGAGAGGACUCAUGCUGCAGCAUGUGGAAAUGGUUUCUCUAUAGAAAUUUGUAUUUUCAAUUGGUUUAACCCACUUCCUGUAAAUUCUCUUUAAAAUACAUGUCUGCCACUUCACAAAGCAAUGAAGAAAAUAUAAGAGGACAAGUAGCUGUCACAUUUUUUAAUGGGUUUCACCUUUGCUACUGGCUUUUCCUGCAGGCUUUAUGUAUGUGUUUAGAACUCAAUCUAUGAUCGGCUUUCUCUUGCUGGCUGACAAGACAGAAGAUCUGUUUCUUCAGACCUUCAAGACAAUAUCACUGUUGCCCAAACAAAUCAUAUCCUCACUGAAAUAGAAAAGCUCUUUAUCUCAGCUCUGGACAGCAAGGAUGUUUUGAGUACUAAUAUCACGUGAGCAGUGGGCCCUUUUUCCCCUGGAUUCUGAGUGUCUCUGUCUGAGAUGUGAGCUCGGUGUGCUUUGCUUUCUUGCCACUGUGUUUGGCCCUGCAGACGUUGAAUAUCUGCAGAUGCUUCAGUAGUGUUGCCAGGUGAAGCGGGGAGUUAGUCCCGCCCAAACAUUGCAGCACAGGCAAUGCCAGCCCAGCAGGGAAGAGGGUGAUUUUAACUCUGCGAAAACAGCAGGCUCGUCUUCCUUAUCUAGCUUAGAGUAGAGCAGCAAAAGGCACAACAAUGUCUUCCUUUGGCUUACAAGAAGGGCUUGGGUGUUCUGUCACCUCAGGAUUGCCUUGGAAUUACAGGAGCAUAAAUAGGGUUAGGGUAGACUGUAACUGAACAGAGCUGUAAUAUGUAACAGAAACAUGUUGCUUGUCAUUAAAUGCAUUAACGGAAAAUUCCACAAAUAUUAAAAGGGAAUUACUGGAAGGUAGAGUCAAGAAGAACUUAAAAAAAGAUGUUGAGUUUACUCUAUUCAUUGUUAUUCCUGAAUCCCAAGGCUUCUUGAUGGGACAGAAAAGUCGUCCCCACAUGAAUUUCUCUGAUUGUCCUAGAUCAUUUCCAUAUCCGUGCUUGCCCUUUCUCCUUCUAGCCACUGAAAUGUACUGAGCACUGUACUGACCCCGCUCCUCUAGAGAAGGACUGCCACACCAUCUAGAAUAAUGAGUUGUUUCAAUAAAGUCUGUGAUGCAUGAAAUAAUCAGAAAGACUCCCUCACGAUGUAUUCUCAUAAAGUUAUAGAAACUCAUAUUGUAAAGUGAUAUACCUCUGAGUUUAACAAUAAAAAAAUGUGUGGGACAGAAUAAA